AUGGCCUCUCCUUCUCAGAUCCGUAACUUGAACUUCCCAUAUUUCCCAUACCCACCUUACCACCCUUUCCAGCCACCACCACCACCGGCAGCCAAGCCGCCUAGUCAUGCAAAGUCGCCACCACCGCCAUCUCACCCUCUUACUCCACCACCUCAUGUACAGCCACCACCGCCACCGUAUCACCCUAUUGCUCCACCGCCUCAUGUACGACCUCCACCACCACCAUCUCACCCUCCUACUCCACCUCCUCAUGUACGACCUCCACCAUCGCCAUCUCACCCUCCUACUCCAUCUCCUCACGUAAGCCCUAUGCCACCACCAUCUUACCCUUCUGCUCCACCUCCUGACGUAAGCCCUAUGCCACCACCAUCACCAUCACCAUCGCCGGACAACCAUCCGACAGUAAUAGUCAUUGUGUUCAUCUCACUUGGAGGGCUUCUCUUCCUCGCAUUCCUCGCAGCUGCUCUCUUUUGCUGCAUCAAGAAAAGAAAGAAGAAGACAGUUGAAGAAACUGAUUUCAUUCACGUCGAUGAACACCGGACGAUCAAGGAGGCUAUCAUACCAGGGCCGCAUGGAGCAAGGGCUGUGCUAUUGUCAAUUGAGGAUGAUAUUCAUGUCGACGAAGUGAUCAGGAAGAACGAGAGGUUAGGUACCGAAGGUUUGCAUGCUAAGUCUGCUGAUGAAGGAAAAUCUGACACCCAUCAGGAAGGAGAUUCUUCUUCUGGUAUUGAUCAGCAGUACCUCGAACAUAAGUCUUGA